CAUGGUUCGGAGGAAGCGGAGGUAGGCUUCCCUAUAUGGAGGGGUACCCGGAGCAACCAUUCGCCAAGCAUCUGGAGUCCUUCAUGACGCCUGGGGCUUCAUGGCGCCGUAUGCUCGUCCAGCAGUGGCCCCCCAUCACGCAAGUUGGUGUCUGGCAGAGGGACAGUUUCUGGACGGGUUCCAUGAAGACCACCGCGGAUCUCUACGCCUGCCACCUACCACGCCGCCAGAGCGACAAGACACACCAGGAAACCAGCUCCAGCAGCGAUGCCGAACUCAUGACACGCUAUGGCGUAGACGGCUUCCUGCGCAUGGGCUUGCUAUACGAUCUGACUACACGACACGUCCUGCUCGAGAACAGCAACCGCAUGCUCUACUGGACGGGCAUGUCCGCGGCAGACCGCGAGGCGUUCUGUUCAGUCGAGGAUAUCCGCCUGCCGCCACAGCCCGGCACUGUCACUGCUUUCAACACUCUGCUCAUGGGUAUCACGACCACGACCAGCGAUAUCGAACAGCGGCAGGUCGUUCGUGAAGAGUUUCAGGCACAGCGGCACCGCUUGGCGACCAGCGCGGGCCUAGUAAUGGCCAUUACCAACUUCUAUGGGUGGUGCGGUACGGACUUCGAGGACAGCAAUACCCUGCACUUCAUAGAAACCUUUGUGCAUCCCGACACGCUAAGGAGCUUCGGACAGCUAGAGGGGCGGCUGGAAGAUAGGCACUUUGAAAAGAUGUUUGAGUGGGAAGGGUCGUUCGCCGAUGAUGAGGACCCCGACUUGUAAGACACGUUGCAGUUAUAUGAGCCGUCAUUGCCCCUUUGGCCAGUCGAAAACAGAACACCAAGCAUUUGCCCC